AUGGUGUCCCUUAAUAAAUCAAUUUACUCCAUACUUUCAUUAUGUCUAGCAUCAGUCUAUGCCGCUAAAGAUGGUUAUACAAUUUAUCAUGCUGAUGAUUUCCCCGUUCAAGCAUGUACUGGUGUCAUUGGUAAAACAGCUACAUUUUUCGGUGAAGACGUGACGAAUGGAUUUUGUGAUGUCAAGAAUCAACCAGCUUUGGGUACUAUGGCUGAAUGUAUUGAGUACAUGAUGAAUUACAAGAACAAAAACUCACGUAAAUUGUUCCUUAAGAGUUGUAAAAAGAGUAACUUAACUGAAGAUCAAUAUUUUGCUGCUUUCCAAAAUGCCACUGAUUUUGGAUUUGUCAAUACUACUGCUGAAGAGGGGUUCAACAAGUCGACAUUGUAUUACAAACCAGUAUUGUUGACGCAAAAGAAAGUUGAUAGAGCUUAUGAUGCAGUUGCUACUAGAUGGUACAACUACAACUAUGCCCAAUGGUUUGGUAUUGCUUUGAUGUGUUACUGGUUUGGUGUUUUGUUUAUUGCUGGUGCCAUUAACUUGUGUUAUUUCCUCUUCCCAUCAUUUAUCAAAUCAUUCAAGGGUAAAUUGCUGAAUGCAUUCCGUAAAUAUUUCACGUUGCCAGCAUUGUUUAACAGGACUCAUGUUCAUCAUAAGGUUAUAUUCAAAUACUUGGUUGUUAUGUUUCCUACCAGAUUGGAAUCGAUUAUUGUUUUUGGAUGGUUUGCUAUGGCAUUGAUUAUGUGUUGUACCAACUACGUUCAUGUUGUUCCUAACUAUAUCUGGCCCGAUAGAUCAAAUGAAUUGGGAAGAAAAGUUGCUGAUAGAACUGGACAAAUUGUUAUGUGGUUAAUGCCACCAUUGGUUUUGUUUGCAGGUAGAAACAAUUUUAUGCAAUGGAUUAGUGGCUGGCCAUAUGCUAGAUUUGUCUAUAUUCACAAAUGGAUUUCAAGAAUUGUGUUUUUCAUGUCUAUUGCCCAUGCUGUUGGUAUGACUUAUAAUGGUAAAAAAUUGGGUAAAUAUGAAACCAGAUUUGAAGAACCUUAUGUUCGUUGGGGAACUGUUUCUAUUGCUGCCAUGGGUAUUAUGUGUUUCCAAUCAUUGAUGUAUUUCAGAAGAAAUAACUAUGAAUUAUUUGUCUUGGUACAUGUCUUGUUGGCAGUUUUUGCCAUUGCUGGUUUAUGGAUUCAUGCAAGACCACAACAUUUCCAUUAUUUCAUGAUUGCUACUGUUUCGGUUUGGGUGUUUGAUCAUGUUGUUCGUCUUGCGAGGUUGGCUUCAUUUGGGUUACGUACUGCUCAAGUGCAAUUGAUUGCUAAUGAAACAGUUAAAGUUACCGUAUCUAGACCUGCUUGGUGGAUUCCAUUCCCUGGUUGCCAUGCUUUCAUUCAUUUUAUGAGACCAACUUGUUUCUGGCAAUCACAUCCAUUUACUAUCGUUGAUUCAGUUGUUGAGACAAGAACCAUCACUUUCUACUUGAAGGUCAAAGGAGGUAUGACUCACGGAUUAUAUCAAUACUUAGCCAAACAACCAAGCCAAACUGCUUCAAUUAAAGUUUCAGUUGAAGGACCAUAUGGUAACCCAGUUGCUAUCAAUAGAUUCGAAUCAAGUGUUUUCAUUGCUGGGGGUAAUGGUAUCCCGGGUCUUUACUACGAAGCUACUUCAAUUGCCAAGAGAUUUGGUGAAGCAAGAUCAAUUAAAUUUUAUUGGGUCAUUCGUCAUUACCGUACAUUGGAAUGGUUUUAUCAAGAAUUACAAAAAUUGAAGGAUUUACCAUCAAUAACUCCAAUUGUCUACGUAACACAACCACACAUUGGAUUAACUGAACCAAUUUCCGCCACUUUAACCGAUGAUGAAUUGGAACAAGAAGAAGAACAAGAAAAGAAAUCAGAUUCGUAUGAAAAAGAAGACUAUAUCGUCAAACUUAGAAAAAAAUUAAAUCAUGUUGAAUUUAGAGAAUAUAGACCAGAUUUCUAUCAAAUUGUUGGUGAAGAAAUUAAAGAAACUGUUACUCCUUUGGCUAUUGCUUCUUGUGCUCAUGGAUCUAUGGUUGAUGAUAUUAGGAAAUCCGUUGCUGAUCAUUUGAAUGAUUCGAAAUAUAGAAUUGAAUUGUUUGAACAAAUUCAAGGUUGGUAA